UGCGUGAGGGGGGAGGAAAAGCAGGGCCUUUAAAAAGGCAACCACAACAACUUUUGCUGCCAGGAUGCCCUUGCUUUGGCUGCGAGGAUUUCUGUUGGCGAGUUGCUGGAUUAUAGUGAGGAGUUCCCCUACCCCGGGAUCCGAGGGGCACAGUGCGGACCCUGCCUGCCCGUCCUGUGCACUGACCGCCCUGCCCAAGGAUGUACCCAGCGCCCAGCCGGAGAUGGUGGAGGCCGUCAAAAAGCACAUUUUGAACAUGCUGCACUUGAAGAAGAGACCCGAGGUCACCCAGCCGGUGCCCAAGGCGGCGCUUCUGAACGCGAUCAAAAAGCUCCAUGUGGGCAAAGUGGGGGAGAACGGGUACGUGGAGAUAGAGGAUGACAUCGGAAGGAGGGCAGAAAUGAAUGAACUGAUGGAGCAGACCUCAGAGAUCAUCACGUUCGCGGAAUCAGGCACUACCAGGAAGACGCUGCACUUUGAGAUUUCCAAAGAGGGCAGUGACCUGUCAGUGGUGGAGCGUGCAGAAGUCUGGCUCUUCCUAAAAGUCCCCAAGGCCAACAGGAACAGGACCAAAGUCACGAUCCGCCUCUUUCAGCAGCUGAAGCAUCCGCAGGGCAGCUUGGACACAGGGGAUGAGGCCGAGGCCGUGGGAUUAAUGGAGGAGAGGAGUGAACUGUUGAUAUCGGAAAAGGCCGUGGAUGCUCGAAAGAGCACCUGGCACAUCUUUCCUGUCUCCAGCAGCAUCCAGCGGUUGCUGGACCAGGGCAAGAGCUCCCUGGACAUUCGGAUUGCCUGUGAGCAGUGCCAUGAGACUGGUGCGAGCCUCGUGCUCCUGGGCAAGAAGAAGAAGAAAGAAGAGGAGGGGGAAGGCAAGAAAAAGGCCGGAGGAGAAGGCGGGGUGGGAGGAGACGAGGAGAAGGAGCAGUCCCACAGACCUUUCCUCAUGCUGCAGGCCCGGCAAUCGGAAGACCACCCCCAUCGGAGACGGCGGCGGGGCUUGGAGUGUGAUGGCAAGGUCAACAUCUGCUGUAAGAAACAGUUCUUUGUUAGUUUCAAGGACAUUGGCUGGAAUGACUGGAUCAUCGCUCCCUCUGGCUAUCAUGCCAACUACUGCGAGGGUGAGUGCCCGAGCCACAUAGCAGGCACGUCGGGGUCAUCGCUCUCCUUUCAUUCAACCGUCAUCAACCACUACCGCAUGCGGGGGUACAGCCCCUUCUCCAACCUCAAGUCGUGCUGUGUGCCCACCAAGCUGAGACCCAUGUCCAUGCUGUACUAUGAUGAUGGGCAAAACAUCAUCAAGAAGGACAUUCAGAACAUGAUAGUGGAGGAGUGUGGGUGCUCGUAGAGUGCCCAGCCCAGGGGGAAUGGGAACAAGAGUUGUCCAGAGAGGACGGUGGCAAAAUGAAGAAAUGUUUAAGGUUUCUGAGAAAAACCAGAAAAAUAAGAAAUUAAAAAAAACAAACAAAACUAAAAACAAAACCUGAAACCGAUAAAGGAAGAUGUGGAGA